AUGUCUGGCCCCUCGGAAAUAUCCACCAGCGCGACCACCAACGGCAAGACUGCCACCAGACGCCCUGGGAGCCUUGAGCAUCUGGUUCAGGUGCAGCCAGCUCGCGUGGAGGAUCUGCAGCCGCGGUAUGCUCAGCAGAUCCAGCAUAGCGACGACAACCCCGAUGCGCAUGGCUGGUACGCUGGUUUCAUCAGCUCUCUCGGUAGCUGUGCCGGUUUCCUGGGCGCUGCUGGAUGCUGCAUCUGUCCGAACCCAUUCAAGAAUGUCAAGCAGGGAGAAGUUGGAUUGAUCACGAAAUUCGGCCGAUUCGAACGCUCCGUCGACCCCGGCCUGAUCAGAGUGAACCCAUUCAGCGAGAAACUGACCACCGUCGACGUCAAGAUCCAAAUCGUCGAAGUGCCGCGCCAGGUGUGCAUGACCAAGGACAACGUCACCCUGAACCUGACCUCGGUGAUUUACUACCACAUCACAUCGCCGCACAAGGCCGCCUUUGGCAUUGCCGACGUGCGCCAGGCGCUGAUGGAGCGCACGCAGACCACGCUGCGCCACGUAGUCGGCGCGCGCGUGCUACAGGACGUGAUUGAGCGCCGCGAGGAGAUUGCGCAGUCGAUUGGCGAGAUCAUCGAAGACGUUGCCGCGGGCUGGGGUGUGCAGGUUGAGUCGAUGCUCAUCAAGGAUAUCAUCUUCAGCAACGACCUGCAGGACUCGCUGUCCAUGGCCGCCCAGUCCAAGCGAAUUGGUGAGAGCAAGGUCAUCGCCGCCCGCGCAGAGGUCGAGUCGGCCAAGUUGAUGCGCCAGGCUGCCGAUAUCUUGUCGUCUGCGCCUGCCAUGCAGAUCCGCUAUCUCGAGGCAAUGCAGGCCAUGGCAAAGUCCGCCAACAGCAAGGUCAUCUUCCUGCCUGCCCCGAACCAGACCGCCAUGAACCAGCUCAACCUCGCUGAUACUGUCGGCGAGGGCCCCAGCAAGUACCAGCAGGGUCCGAGCGGCUUCGAUACUGGCAAUGAGCAAGAUGAAGGCUUCCAGCGUGCCAUCAACGCGCGCGUCGUCGAGAAUAUUUAA